UGUUGUCAGCUGUUGUCUUGAGUCCUAUAGCGGACCCUCCUCAGGUCUCUCUGUCACUCUCCUAAAACUGUGGACUGGCUGGUUCAUUGUCUUCCUUUUCUAUUCGAACCUGAACAGACACGUGUAGGCAGAUGAUGGAGGGCAGUGACCAGACCCUUGAGAGCGCCAAUGAACAAGUCAAUGGCAACGAGGAGCAGCCAGAGGACCCCAUGGAGGACUUCAGCAGGCAACUUGAGGAUAUAAUCAACACGUAUGGAGCAGCAUCCAACCUGAUGCAGGAGCAGAUCUCCAUCCUGGAGUCUGAGGAGAAAAAGGCUGAUGAAGACGCAGGGCCCAAAGAAGCUGCUGAGAAGGAGCAGAAAGCUGAUAAGAAACUCCUCAAGGGCCUGGGUAAAGAGGCUGCAUCCAUAUUGCAAAGUCUGAACAAGCUCGGCUCACCAGAAGAGAAAGUGGAAAUGGUGUUGAGGAAAUACACUGAGCUGGUGGAGGAACACAGGACGGAGAAGAAACAGCUGGAGCAGCUUCAGCAGAAACAGGGUCUUCUGGUCAAGCAGAGAGAUCAGCUUCAGUUCGAGCACAGUCGUGCCAUCCUGGCCCGAAGCAAGCUGGAGAUGCUCUGCAGGGAGCUUCAGAGACAUAACAGGACACUGAAGGAGGAGAGUCUGCAAAGGAUGCGGGAGGAUGAAAUGAAGCGGAAGGAGAUCAGCACUCAUUUCCAGAGCACGCUGGUGGACAUUCAGGCUCAGAUCGAGCAGCACAGUAACCGCAACAACAAGCUGUGCCAAGAGAACAGCGAGCUGGCCAGCAAACUCAAGACCAUCAUAGAGCAGUAUGAGCGGCGAGAGGAGACUUUAGAGAAGAUCUUCAAACACAGAGAUCUCCAGCAGAAAGUGUCAGAUGCCAAGCUGGAAGAAGCCAACAUAUUACUCAGACAAGCUGAAGAGAAGCACAAGAGAGAGAAAGAAUAUUUGCUUAGAGAUGCUAUUGAAAAAACAAAGAAAUGCUACACAAUGAGGGAGCAGGAGUUACAGAUGAAGAAACAGCUUGUGUUGUACUCCCAGAAGUUUGAUGAGUUCCAGAACACAUUAGCAAAAAGCAAUGAGAUAUACGCCACUUUCAAACAGGAGAUGGAUAAGAUGACAAAGAAGAUGAAGAAGCUGGAAAAGGAGUCAAGCACAUGGAAGACCCGGUUUGAAAGCUGCAAUAAAGCUCUAGUUGAAAUGAUUGACGAGAGAUCAGAAAAGGGCAAGGAGUUUGAGCUCUUCACUUUAAAAAUCGACCGUCUGGAAACUCUGUGCCGAGUGCUGCAGGAUGAAAGAAAAGGUUUGUACGACAAGAUUAAAGAAAUACGACAUUCAGAAAAGGAGACCUUAGCACCUGCGGUGGACAUGCCCCAAGUAGAUGAUCUUCCAGAGCUCGCUCAACUUCCUAUCCCGGCUCUCAACCCCGUGUUCACCGCAGAGAUGGAGAGGCUGCGAGUGGAACAGGCCCGCCUGCAGGAUUUUGCAGCCUCCUUGAUAAGACCCAUAACAGAUGAUGUUGGAGAAUCGGAUAGUGAGGAAGAGGAAACAGCACAAGUGGAGACAGCACAAGUGGAGACAGCACAAGUGGAGACAGCACAAGUGGAGACAGCACAAGUGGAGACAGCACAAGAGGAGACAGCACAAGUGGAGACAGCACAAGUGGAGACAGCACAAGAGGAGACAGCACAAGUGGAGACAGCACAAGUGGAGACAGCACAAGUGGAGACAGCACAAGUGGAGACAGCACAAGUGGAGACAGCACAAGUGGAGACAGCACAAGUGGAGACAGCACAAGAGAAUCCAGCGAUCGCUGAGACUCCCCAACUUGAGUCCAUUGAACCAACGGAAAAACAGGAAUCGACACAAGAGGAACCCUCUACCGCAGAAGAAAACAAACCCGAGGUUGUUACUGUAAACGAAGAGCAGCCAUUAGAACCAACAAAUCCUGAACCAGCCAUCCCUGAGAUGGAAUCCAAACUUCCUCAAGAGCCUCUACAACCAGAGAUCACAGAAAAACAAGAGUCAGCAAAAGAGGAACCAAGCCAGGAAGAGGUGACAAAAGCAGAAGAGACAGUCGAAGAGGAAUCCACUCAGCCAAAGCCCGUCAUGAAAGAAGAGGACAAAGAUGAAGCUGUUAAACCUGAGCUACCUGAACCAGAACCACCCAAACAAGAGCCCCUCAAAGAGGAGCACGGUCAGAAAGCCGCAGCUGCAUCUGAGGGAGCCAAAGCACCGGCGUCCAAACCUAAGGCCCCAAAAUCCCAAGAGGCCAAAGCGAAGGCCAGCAAAUCCCAGCCUAAAAAACAAGGUUCUGCCAAGAAGAAAGGUCCUGCUAAGGGGCCGAAUAAAAGCUAAGCCGAAAUGCUUAUGCUUUUUAUCAUUUCUAGAUCAGUUUGUUUGACGAGUGUCUUGCCGUUAACGAGUUACAAGUUAUACAGAAGAUGACAGACACGUUCCUUUAAGAGAGUUUAAUUCAAGGAUGAAUUCCUAGCUUACCGAGUGUAAUAUGGACUUUUUUCAACUUGUAAUACUUUCUCAAGUACCCUCAAAUAAACGUCUACUUUUCCUAA